AUGCCGAGUCAAGAAGUAUUAACCACAAAAGUGGUGGUUCAUCCUCUGGUCCUAUUGAGCGUGGUGGACCACUUCAAUCGGAUGGGGAAAAUAGGUAACCAGAAGCGAGUCGUCGGUGUUCUACUUGGGUGCUGGAGAGCUAAAGGUGUUCUGGAUGUAUCAAACAGUUUCGCAGUACCAUUUGAUGAAGAUGACAAAGACAAGUCAGUGUGGUUCCUUGACCAUGAUUAUUUAGAGAACAUGUAUGGUAUGUUUAAGAAGGUCAACGCCAGGGAGAAAGUAGUGGGCUGGUACCACACAGGGCCAAAACUUCACCAGAAUGAUGUCUCUAUCAAUGAGUUAAUCAGGCGCUACUGUCCUAACUCAGUCUUAGUAAUUAUUGAUGCUAAACCUAAAGAUCUUGGUAUCCCUACUGAGGCCUAUCAGGCAGUAGAAGAAGUACACGAUGAUGGGACACCGACCUCAAGAACUUUCGAACAUGUUCCAAGUGAAAUUGGUGCAGAAGAGGCUGAGGAAGUUGGUGUGGAACAUCUGCUAAGAGACAUUAAAGACACAACAGUUGGUAGUCUUUCUCAAAGGAUCACUAACCAGUUACUGGGUCUGAAAGGUUUGCAUUCACAGCUGAGUGAGAUCAGAGACUAUCUUAUCCAAGUAGGCCAAGGUUCUCUGCCCAUGAACCACCAAAUCAUAUACCAGCUUCAAGACAUCUUUAAUUUAUUGCCUGAUAUUGCGAAUGAUAGCUUCAUUGAUAAUCUAUAUAUUAAGACUAAUGAUCAGUCCCUUGUAGUGUACUUGGCAGCUCUGGUCAGGUCCAUUAUUGCCUUACACAAUUUAAUUAAUAAUAAAAUAACAAACAGAGAUGCAGAAGAAGGAAAGAAGGAAGAGAAGGAUAAAAAAGAGAAGAAAGAUGGAAAAGAUGGCAAAGAGGAUGAUAAGAAAGCUGAUGAUAAGGCAAAGGGAGAUAAAAAAGAUAAAGAUGAAAAGAAAAAGUAA